UAAUCAUUUAACAUCACUGGAUGGCGAUUGGGGGUACACAAAGGAUACGCUAACAAACGCUUUUUUCGGAGACAAUUCGAUAAUCGAGAUACCAAAGAUAUUUUCUACAUUCGAAUCUCUAGUUUGGUUGAAUCUCGACAACAAUAAUAUCGAAGAAUUUUCAGAAGAUAGUUUACCUCGAAACAUGCACACUUUGAGUUUAAACAGUAACCUUCUGAAAUCUUUUCCGUCUUCUUUGAAAGCAUUAAAAGAUCUUACGUGGCUAUAUUUGCGGGGUAACAACUUUAAGAACCUUGAACUGCCCGAUUUUCAAAGUUCAAACCUAGAAUUGGUUGAUGUCAGCGAAAAUUGCAUAGAGUGGAUUCGUACACCGAGCUUAACUAAUCGAACUUUAAGAAUUAAAGAUUUCAAUUUGGAUAGCAAUAAGUUAACUUUAUUGCCUGCUGGAAUGUUUGAUCGUCUGGAAAUUAAGAGGAUCCAUUUGUCCACGAAUUCUGUAAAAAAUAUUGACGAUAACGCUUUUCGAGGAUUGGAAGACAUUUUAGAGUAUCUGAAUUUGGAGAACAACGACCUUCCAAGUGUUCCUAAUGCAGUCAGUCGACUGAGAAACUUGUCGUACCUGUAUCUUGCCAAUAACGACAUAAGGAAUAUAUCUGGAGACGCGUUUCACGAGUUCGCGGAGGAUCUACGAGCACUUUCGCUAGCCACGAACAGCUUGGAUGCGGUUCCCGUUGCGGCUCUGUCCAGGUGCCAGAGGCUAUUGCACCUUAACCUCGGUUAUAACAAAAUCUUCCACAUUCAGUCGGGUGAUUUCGAGUGGGCAGAGGACCUUGAGAUUUUGUUACUUAGGAACAAUGCCUUGACGAAACUGAAGGGGGAGACGUUCAAAGGGGCAAGCAAGCUGAAGGAGCUCAGUUUAUCUUUCAACCACCUAACUGAACUUGAUGACGAUUGUUUCAUUGGCAUCGAGGAGAGCCUCGAUAUUCUGGAGCUCAGUUUCGCGUUUGCGACCGAUGUGUUUCCGCAACGGGCGCUUAGACCUCUUUCGAAUUUGCUUUGGCUGGUUUUGGACAACAAUAACUUUCAAACAAUAGAAACGACUGCCUUUUAUUCUUUCCAGCAGCUACGCUACAUUAACUUGGAAUCAAAUCGACUUCACUACCUGCCGGAACGAAUAUUCCUAUCCAGUGUCCAUCCUGAACUGAGAGAUGUUAAGCUCGGUUACAAUUUUCUUGAAGCCAUUCCAGAUUUCAGUUUUCACAAUUUAACUGAAUUAAGAAGUUUAGAUUUGACUGGAAAUAGGAUAAAGGUUCUGAAUUCCGAUUCUAUUAUGGACUGUACAAAGUUAGUGACGAUAUCGCUGGCUUACAAUAGAAUAAUUAAAAUGGAAAAAAAUGCAUUUUACGGCUUGCCCAAUUUACGUUUCCUUCAUUUGGAGUUUAAUAAAUUAACUACGCUAGAUCUGGAUUCUAUUUCUGAAAUCGGUGGUCCAGACUUUGCUCUUAAUGUGUCUUAUAAUGCGAUUUCACUCAUAAAUGCUGGAGGCUUGAUGAAUAAUUUAACUAGAUUGGACUUGAGCUUUAACAAUAUUAGCCACCUGCCUGCUGACACGUUUUAUGGUACACCUGAUUUGAGAAGUUUGGGUCUACAGAACAAUUACAUCGCUGUUCUCGAAGCAGGUACUUUUACAUUAAAACACCUGGAAACGCUAAACCUACGAGACAAUAAGAUAGAAAGCUUACGAAAACAAUCAUUUCACGGCUUGGAAUCGCUACAACAGCUAGAUCUAAGUGGAAAUCAUAUCAUUCAAUUAUCCACCGAGCAGUUUCACAAUUUGAGGAAUCUGCGAAUUUUGAAUUUAUCAAGCAACAAGAUAAGAUCCCUACCCCGAGAUGUUUUCGAAGGAACAAAACUAGAAAUACUCGAUCUGAGCAGCAACAAAUUUACUGUGGUACCGUCGCCAUCUUUUCUUGAGGUCGGUUACACACUGAGAGACCUUAAUUUGGCGAAUAAUUUUGUGGAUCAUCUGGAUUCCACUGCUUUUCCAACUUCGCAACUGGUCUCUUUGAAUUUGGCACAUAAUAGACUGACAAUCCUGCCAGAUAAUUCGUUCGUCUCUUUGGGGAAACUUCUAAGUCUCAACGUAUCUGAGAAUGUUUUACAGGCAAACUUUAAGGAACUUUUUCAUUAUUUGCCUGGUUUGAGGCAGUUGUUUUUGGCUAGUUGUGGCCUUAAAGACAUACCUCUACUGCCAUUGACGAAUUUAAAUGUCUUGGAUUUGUCUUUCAAUCAUAUAGAUUCGACAUCUGAUAAGCAGUUCCAGUACUUGAGAGAUUUGAAAAUUCUGUUAUUAGUAAACAACUCCUUACCUUCCAUGCCAAACGUGAAGCUAAGCUUGUUAAGGGAGCUUGAUGUGUCAGGAAAUCCAAUACAGGAACUGACAAAGGAGAGUUUUUCGGGUUAUCCAAGAUUAGAAAAAUUGAACUUAAGAAAUCUGAAUAGCACCAAGUCAGUAGAUAAAGACUGUCUUCGCGUGUUGAAGUAUUUGAAACACCUUCGAAUUCAAACGUGGCCGGAAGCAGAUGGCUUUCAUCUUCGACAUCUGUUAACUGGAUUACCGUUGAGAACCGUGGAGAUUCAAGUUACGGAACAUUUAUUAAAACAUCAGAUACAAAAUGCUUUUACGAAACAGUUAAGAGAGUUAACGAUAUCUGGAAGCGACCUCGAAGUGAUUUCUUCGGAAGCAUUUUCUACUAUCGAAGGUGGCGAAUUGAUAUUGAGAAUAAAAGAUACUCGAGUUCAUAGGCUGCAGUCGGAUAUGUUUCUAUCUUUAACGAAGAGACUUUCUCAAUUAACAUUGGAUUUGAGGAAUAAUCAUAUUAAUGAACUCAGUCCUUCAGUUAUUUAUGGAAAUCUUUCAUGGGAAAGCGUUGGGACCAAUAUGGUAGCUGGUGGGCUGCAAGUAUCAGGAAACCCUCUAGAGUGUGAUUGUGAAAUUGCUUGGCUCAGCUUAUGGUUGCGACGAUGGCUUCGAGAAUCCCGGCAGAUCCAUACAGCUUCUCAGUCGGAUGCUAGACAGUUAAGAACACUAGCAGGAAGAGCUGUUUGCACCGAAACUACUCCAUCUUAUUCGUCUGACAAAAUUCUGUUGACAUUAGGAACCCCACAUACCGCUUGUCAAGCCUCUGCUCUCAGUUCGGGUAAUUACGAGAGACUAGCUACCACCUGGUUGGCUGUAGUGGACAUUAUCCUUCUAGUAAUAGUGGCCUACUGA